GACAAAAAAUCAGUAACGAAAGCUGUUGUUCCACGAGAAUCAAACAGUUACCUAACAUCACCUUUCCCCUUGGUUCCAAACCUUUUACAUUUCGCUGUCAUGAAGCAGUUUAGCCUUUUUGAUCUCAAUAUAACGGAUUUGGACCUCAACUCUUAAAUUAUUUCGGAAAAUUUGAAAUAAUUAUUAUAUUAAUAAAUUUCUUAUAAAAUUAAAGAAAAAAAUCAGUUGCCCCCCAUAGGAACUGCGUGUGCAACUCCUACGUUACAUAGUUUUGACACAAGCAAGACUUGUUAAACCACAUGCCAUAGUUUUCUAUUACAUAUAACUAUUUUAAUAUAACUAUUUUAGUAUUUCCGUCCAAUCAAUUCAGCGGCUACCACAGAAAACUACUCUCCUCCAUCACUUUAAUUUUUGCAUGUCUAUCUGUUCCCAACAAUUAUUGUGUGUAUAUAUAUUGACGCACACAUGCAUCCUCCAAAAUCCAGAUCAAAAACAAUCACCAGUUCUUUAUAGUUCAAAGAUUUUCUGAGCCCUCAUCAAUGGCGCCAUCAGCUGCAAUGCUCAUACUUUCACAUCCUCUGAUUAGCCACAAAACGACAAAUCAGUCUCCAUCAUCGCCAGUCUUUAAGUCGAGACGUAUGUUCGAUCUUCUUUUGCCAUGGAAGAAGACAUCGGACAGUGAAGAGGUCGGUCUCAGCCGCCUAGUCUUUGGCGAUCCCGCUACACUUGAGAAGCGUUUCCAAGAAGCUCUUGAACUUAGCUGCUGGUAAUUUUUCACAAUGUCUAGUGAUGUCGUUUUUACUGGUUGCAUCUUCGUAAUUAUCAAGUAUUUUAUUAUUGUCUUGUAGAUGGAAAUAAUGUAAAAGCAAUGGUUUCACCAAACAAAAAAAAAAGUAAAAGUAAUGGUUGGUUAUAAAUAAAUAAAAACAAAGGAGAAAAAUCAUCCGCUCAUCAGCAAAAUAAUAAGAGACUCCUUAAACUAGCUAUUAAUCAAACAGAAGUGGUAAUUGGUAAACUGGUUAUGCA